GCCGCACGUCCGAGCAGUGCUCAGCGGACUGGAGCGGUACCGUCAUGGCGGCCGAUGCCGCUGCUCUGGAGCCUCUGGUCACGGGUCUGUACGACGCGCAGGCUUUCAAGUUCGGGAACUUCGUGCUGAAGAGCGGGCUCCGCUCCCCGGUGUAUAUCGACUUGCGAGGCAUCGUGUCUCGGCCUCGUCUUCUCAGCCAGGUUGCAGAUAUCUUAUUCCACACUGCCCAAAAUGCAGGCAUCAGUUUUGACACUGUCUGUGGAGUGCCAUACACAGCUCUGCCACUGGCUACAGUUAUCUGUUCAACCAAUCAAAUUCCGAUGCUCAUUAGAAGAAAAGAAACCAAGGAUUAUGGUACUAAACGUCUUGUAGAAGGAGCUGUUAAUCCUGGAGAAACCUGUCUAGUCAUUGAAGAUGUUGUCACCAGCGGCUCUAGUAUUUUGGAAACUGUUGAGGUGCUUCGGAAGGAGGGCCUAAAGGUGACCGACGCCAUAGUCCUGCUAGACCGCGAGCAGGGAGGCCGGGACGAGCUGCGGGCCCGCGGGAUCCGCCUGCACUCAGUGUGCACGUUGUCCCAGGUGCUAGAGGUUCUUGAGCAGCAGAAAAAGAUUGAUGCUGAGAUGGUUGCGAGAGUGAAGAGAUUCAUUGAGGAGAAUGUUUUCACGUCAUCGCAUCAUAAUGGUUCUCUCUCUCCUGAAAAGAAGGCACCUCAAGAACUCAGCUUUGGAGCACGCGCAGAGCUGCCUGGGAUCCACCGCAUGGCCGCAAGGCUUCUUAGGCUUAUGCAAAAGAAGGAGACCAAUCUGUGUCUGUCUGCAGAUGUCUCAGAGGCCAGAGAGCUGUUGCAGCUUGCAGAUGCCUUAGGACCCAGCAUUUGCAUGCUCAAGACUCAUGUAGAUAUUCUGGAUGAUUUUACCCCAGAUGUGACGAAGGAGUUGACAGCUCUGGCAAAACGCCAUGAGUUCUUAAUAUUUGAAGACAGGAAGUUUGCUGAUAUAGGAAAUACAGUAAAAAAGCAGUAUGAAGGUGGUAUCUUUAAAAUAGCUUCCUGGGCAGAUCUGGUAAAUGCCCAUGUGGUGCCAGGCUCAGGCGUCGUGAAAGGCCUGCAGGAAGUGGGCCUGCCUUUGCAUCGGGGCUGCCUGCUCAUUGCAGAAAUGAGCUCUGCCGGCUCCUUGGCCACUGGGGACUACACCAAAGCAGCAGUUGGAAUGGCUGAGGAGCAUUGUGAAUUUGUUAUUGGUUUUAUUUCUGGAUCCCGAGUAAGCAUGAAGCCAGAAUUUCUUCACUUGACUCCAGGAGUUCAGUUAGAAACAGGAGGAGAUCAUCUUGGCCAACAGUACAAUAGCCCCCAAGAAGUUAUUGGCAAAAGAGGUUCUGAUAUCAUCAUUGUAGGCCGGGGCAUACUUUCAGCAGCUAACCGCCUAGAGGCAGCUGAGAUGUACAGAAAAGCUGCUUGGAACGCUUACUUGAGUAGACUAGCUCUUUGAGGGCAUCAGAUCCAGUGAUGAGAAGGCACUGAAGAGACGUGUUCUCUGGAGUCACUGAAAUGGUCAGCAGCCUCUGCUCCUGCCUGGAUCCCUACACGGCCUGUGUGGGAGACUUUGGAGUUACCCCAUCCUGCGUGGGCUUUAGGAAAUGUGACUUGUGACUACUGCAUUGGCACUAUAAUAAGCUCUUUGUAAAGCUUUUCCUGAGGGGCCUGUUAGGCCAUGACAAGUGCAGAAGACUCUGUCUCUCUAGGGCUUGACUCCUGAAUUGUCUUAAUUGCAGUGAAAUUUUUUACAACAUGAGGCUAAAAGUA